AAUCGCAGUAUCGGCACCGUUCUUCCCCGCUUCUCCAGUCCAGCUCACCAGCCGCCCCCCCUCCGCUGCUGACACUGCGAAGUGCGAAUCAAAGCCACCACCGCGCACAAACCAUGGCACCGGUGGAGGCGGAGCAGCACCGGCGGAGGGCGUUGGCGCUCGCGGCGCACGACGCCUCCGGCGCCGUCUCCCCCAUCCGCAUCUCGCGAAGGGACACUGGAGAUGACGAUGUUGCCAUACAGAUACUGUACUGCGGGAUAUGCCACUCUGACCUGCACACCAUCAAGAACGAGUGGAAGAACGCCAACUACCCUGUUGUCCCUGGGCACGAGAUCGCCGGGCUGAUCACCGAGGUUGGCAAGAACGUGAAGAGGUUCAACGUCGGAGACAAGGUUGGCGUCGGGUGCAUGGUCAACACAUGCCAGUCCUGCGAGAGCUGCGAGGGAGGGCACGAGAACUACUGCUCCAAGAUCAUCUUCACCUACAACUCCCACGACAGGGACGGCACCGUCACCUACGGUGGCUACUCUGACAUGGUUGUCGUCAACGAGCGCUUCGUCAUCCGGUUCCCUGAUGGCAUGCCCCUCGACAGAGGCGCGCCGCUGCUCUGUGCAGGGAUAACCGUGUACAACCCCAUGAAGCACCACGGGCUAAACGAGGCAGGCAAGCACAUCGGCGUGGUUGGACUCGGGGGGCUUGGGCACGUCGCCGUGAAGUUCGCGAAGGCGUUCGGGAUGAGGGUGACCGUGAUCAGCACGUCCCCGGGGAAGAGGGAGGAAGCUAUGGAGACGCUUGGUGCAGACGCCUUUGUUGUCAGCGGUGAUGCUAACCAGAUGAAGGCUGCGAAGGGCACAAUGGAUGGCAUUAUGAACACGGCCUCUGCAAGCAUGUCCAUGUACGCUUACCUUGCUCUCCUCAAGCCCCAGGGCAAGAUGAUCCUGCUUGGCCUGCCUGAGAAGCCUCUGCAGAUCUCUGCCUUCUCUUUGGUUACUGGGGGCAAGACUCUGGCCGGGAGCUGCAUGGGGAGCAUCAGGGACACGCAGGAGAUGAUGGACUUCGCAGCCAAGCACGGGUUGGCAGCGGACAUCGAACUGAUCGGCACCGAAGAAGUUAAUGAGGCCAUGGAACGCCUCGCCAAGGGCGAGGUCAGGUACCGCUUCGUCAUCGACAUCGGCAACACCCUCAACGCGGCAUCACUAGGGAGCUCGCCGGUCCCAGCUCUGUAGCUGCGGCACUUGUUGAUCAACAAAUGCUCACAUAAACAUAUUGUUGUUUGUCGAUAUAUCGUGCGAUAAGCAAGUAUAUUUGGAAUAAAAAGGAACUCAAUUUAAACGCAAGUAAUACUGUUUGUCUUAGGUCCUAUUUGGGCUUUGGUUUAUUGGGUACUGCAUAGUUUUGCCUUCGUCUAGUAGUCUAGUACUAGUAGUAACAGAUGAAACGAUGUACUGAGAGACAAAACCGGGGGCGUCAGUAACGGGAGCCGACUCAGAGGAUCUCGUCGCGAC